AUGUCGCGUUUGGUGUCGACGUCGGGUCGGCCCGUGAACCCCGGCGACAUUUGCCCGAUUCACUCAACAGUCAGUGCACCUCCGUCUUCUCCGCUUCCGCUUUUCCCCGCGGUGCCCUUUCUUCUCCAUCCUCACCGCCCCGUGCUCUUCUGGUGUACGUCCACCUCGCUCCACGCGUACGACUUUGUCGAGAACGCCUGGCUCUUGCCUCCCGGCGGAACCUCCUCGCUUCAGGAUUCCGCCGCACCCGAUGCCUCUCUCAACCACGCUCUGCCUGUGGCCGCAGCAGACUGCGUGUGCCAAGGCUGCGGGGCCACAAGUUCCCGCCUUCGCCCCACCGGCCGGCGCGAGCGAGAAGCGCCGAGGUGCCUGGUUGGAGAGACGCCCGCGGAGCCUGCGGCUGGGACGCCUCCAGAGAAGCGGAAGAACAGAUGUCUCUGGGUGACUGCUGGUGAAGACAAGUACGUCCACCUGGUCUCCGACGCAGACUUUCAGCUGCUGCAGCGCCGCCAGCAACGGAAAAAGCUCAGCGCUGCUGUCUUCCUCCUGCCUGCUGCCUCGCGGGAGAUGCCCCUUGCCGCCGCGUCGGACGCGGCAGGCCAGGCGCGAGAGAACGGAGAAGAAAGAGAGAGAGAGGCAUUCCCGCUUCUUCUUGCAGAUAAAUUUGGAGACGUCUAUCGCCUGGGCGACUGCUGGCGGAUGCCGGCGGCACAGGAGCUCGCCGGGGACCGCCUCGUGAAGCGCAUGCAGUCCCUCGCGAGUGUCCACGGCCUGCGAACGCGAGACGAGCCGCAGGUGACGUCGGAAAAAACUGCGAGCUCUGGAGAGAGUGCGUCUCUCGAUUGCAACCCCCUGGCCGCCUCUGCGAACGCGGAGGAUUCGCAGUCCCGGAACGGUCCAGAGAAGCGGCACGGAACAGCGGAACAGGGCCGAACGGAGGCCUCGGAGACCGCGGCGGCUUCGCUGUCGACGGACCCCGGGUUCGGAGCAGACGGCGAUGAGGACGAAGAAGGCGGCGAAGACAUCCCCAUCAUCUCGCACCUCACCACCAUCACUGUGCUAAAAGUGGUAGAGGUGUGGAGGGAGACCGAAGGUUCGGCGGCGACAUUGGAGGAUCCUUCGUCUGUGGCGCCUGCCGCGGCGAGGGCCGAGCCUGCAGAAGCGAGGACGCGGAAGCGACAAACGCUCCUGAUCACUGCAGAACGCGACGAGAAGAUCCGCGUGUGCUUCCUGGACCAGCCGUGGAGCGUCGAGAGCUUCUUUCUCGGACACGGCGACUUCGUCACAGAUGUUGUGGUGCUUGCCGACUUUCCCGGGCGGCCCCUCGGAGACGCUCACACCGGUGACGCAGCAGCAAUCGGCGGGCCCUCUGGAAAUGCGACGUGCACCCCACAGGACGCUGGCGAGAGAGACGCGCGCGAGGCCGACGGAGACACCUCGAGAAGGAGCUAUCUGCGGCACGUGGCCGCGUCCUGUGCAGGAGAUGGCACUGUGAAGCUCUGGAGACUGAACGACGGAGAACUUCUCUCCGACAGUGCUGAGGUUCUUCUUCAGCCGCGCAACCUCUUUGACGAGAAGGCAUGCGCUGCAGUGCGUGCACACACGAUGGAGGGCCAAGCGGGCGGCGCGCGCCAAGAGCAGGGCGAGCGCCAGGAGCCAGCAGAAGGAGACGCCCCUUGCGAACCGCCGAAACUCACCCGUCCGAUCGGGCUCAACGAAGAAGUCCUCUUCCCCGCCUCGCUCCUGUACGACCCAGACCAGCGUCUCCUGAUUGUUCAGUGCCUGGCUCUGAAAGGCCUGCUUCUCUUUCCCCUCGCCGCGCCCGGUGCGUCGGCUGUCUGUGCAGCUGCGCCCGGCUCCGGCCUGCUGGGACAGAAGCCGUUCUUUCUGCCGUUGCCAGCAGUGCCUGCCGCAACGCUCCUCGUCCGGCACUCCGUCCAAGAGGUGGAGACGGCCCCAGCUCUGCGUGCGGCUGCUUGUCUUGUGCGCACCUUCCUAGCCUCUUCCCGCUGCACAGACGCGCCGUCAGAGGCGGCUGCUUCGCCGAGUCCCGAUUUCGAUCUGCCGUUUGUCUGGUGGAUCGACGACGCGGGGCGGCUGAGACCGCCAGUGUCUGUGUCGCUGCGCCUGCUCGCCUUCGCCGCGAGCCGAGAAAUCGACGCGCAGCGUCAGAACUCACAUGUCCUUCCCUAUCUUUCUGGAAACGCGGAUGACUGUUUCUUCCCAGCACCCGCAGACGGUAAGACGCGCGGGGCCGCUGCCGUGCGAGUGGCCACUCCUUGA